AUGGCUAAUCCAUUACAGUUGCGAACUUCUCAAGAAUACAAUAGUACCAAUUCAAAAAUACGUCUACCGCCAAUAACAUUAAAAUUGAAUGACGAAUCAUCAGGUUUUGUUCGUAUCCCAUAUUCAUCAAUGGGAACAAGUCAGGGAACAAUUCAAUCAUUAUCAUCAUCUUUUGAUGGUAAAAUGAAGACAACAUCAAUGUCAGCGAAACGUCGUUCAUCGGCAAUCAUUCUUAAUAGUUUAUUAUCACGUCGAAAAAGUUUACAAACAACAGCGUUAGCAACACGACGACAAAGUCUUUGGAUGAGUAUUGCAAAAAAUGUUUCAUUAUCCAAUGAUUUUCAAAUAUCACCUUUACCAUUACCACAAGGAGAUAAUUUAAUACGAAAAAAAGUUUUACGCUUAUUACUGGUUUUUAGUUAUUUAAUAUCUAUAUCAUUACUAGCCAUUGCUUUAGCCACAUUUUAUGGUUUUUUUUGGUCCGGUUACAGUCAAUCACAAACAAUAACAAUAACAGCAACUGUUGAAUCUCUUAUUUCAUUAAUAUCAAACUCAACAUUUGUUAAUUACGAAGCGGAAAUAGAAGAUGUAACUUGA